GUGAGUGUUGCUCCAGGCCUCCCCAGCGGUCAACAUUCGUUGCGGUCCUGCGAUUCCACAGUCUAUCCAAAUCCUGUCCCAGGCAAGCAAAUGGAUGAGUGAUACAACACGGCAUUGUCACUCGAGCUGACCGCUCACCCUACACCAAGUCUCAUGUUGUUCUCAAGUCAGAAGCCGUGAAGGUUGAUGAAGAACACACCCAUUCAUCCAUCUUCUACCGUCUCACUUGCAACUAUGAUGACGUCAACCAUUUCUUCGGAUGUCAAUGUUUCAAAAGAAAAUAACAGCUCUACACUUGGAUUUAUACACACUUAUAAUACAUUUUCUGAUAUUAUUGUCAUCAUUAGCAUUCUACCGUGUACAGCAUUUCUUGUUUGUAUGAUAUUAACAAUUUUUGGCGAAAGUAAAUUACGGGAAAACCCUAAAUACAUAUUUUUUGUAAACCUGGUAAUUAGUGAUUGCAUAUUUUUAUUUAUCAUUGACAUUCCCUCUAUUAUGUUUUUAUCUAGGAUUAGCUUUAACGUUGGAGGCUGCUACUUUUAUGCAAGUUUGUAUAGAGGAUUGUUUAACAAUGGGGUCGCUUGCAUCGCCUUUAUGGCCAUAGAGAGAUAUGUUGCCAUAUGCAACCCAUUGCGUUAUCACAGCAUCUUUAACCAUAAAUCUUCUCUCAGAUGCCUGGGUGUGAUUUGGUUUGUUUCGUUCAUUUUUCCUAUUAUAGAAAUUAUAUUUACGUUCACAAAUUAUGCCUCAGUAUUUCAUCAAACAAUUGAUUCUUGUUAUAAUAUAAACGAAAAAUAUGUUUUGGAACAAAGCUAUAAUGUUACAUAUAUAAGACAAUCACUGCUUGUGAUAUUUUUUUGUGUAAGUAUUAUUAUACUUGUAAGCACAUAUAUAUUUGUUGCAAAAGCAGCUAAGCAAGCUGCUUCCGGUGAGUCUCAGGCCACCAAAGCCAAACGUACUCUUAGGCUGCAUGCACUGCAGUUAAUAUUAUAUCUGAGUGCUUUUGGAAUCCAACCAUUUAACACGUUGAUAGACCUAACCGUGAACAACUCUGAUUUGAAGUAUACGAUCAAAACAUUUUUGUAUUUUUGUAUGUUUAUCAGUCCAAGAUUUAUUAGUCCUUUUAUUUAUGGACUAAGGGACUCGGAGAUCCGACGGUGUCUCAGACAGAAGGUGUGUCGUGUUCAUAGCUUACUCAAAGUGGAGCCUCAAUUAAUGGCAAAACACACAUUAACAUAAUUGCUAAGUAUGAAUAAAAAAUAAGUUUUACCCAUUUUUAAAAGUUAUGUUUGAUACAUGUUUAAUUGUUCUUCAGUGAAGCAAAACAAUGCUUAGUAAUCCACUCAAAAUCUUAUGAAAUAUACUAUAAUUCUGCUGUUUAAAUUACAUAUGAAAAUGAAAUCAAAUGUUAAAUAUGCAUUGCUUGUCUUGAUUGUAUUGCAGUUACUAUUAUAUUUGAAGAGUUUUUGAAUAUAACUUUUCUUAACAUUGUCAACGAUGACGUUAUUUUCAACGUCAACAUUUAAAAUACGUUUCUACUGUACUCUAUUGUGUGUGGACCAGACGUCACUUGAUGGGAUCUCCAGAUGUAGGUCUGUGAUAUCCCCUCCGGUGGGCUGUUUUCUAACAUGAAGGGUUGCACUGCUCUGCCUAUACCACAAUCGGGAUAAAAUUGGUGAAACAGUCACAAUAUAUUUUAAUUAUGUUCUAUUCUAAGCUUUUACGUAUCUUUGUAGACUAAAAGGAAAUAAGGUACCUCGAUAUUUAAGAUGGAGUCCUGGCCAUGCAUAGAAAUAAACAUAUAUGUCCACAUUUGCCUUUUAGUAUCGUAAUAUACAUUUAUUUUAUGAAUGCCUAGCAUUUUUUUUAAAGGAAAUGAAGUUAUAUAUAAGCUUAAUCUUGUAA